AUGAAGAAAUUUGCAGCUAUGUCUCUUCAAUCUUUCUUGCUUCUCUCUCUCUUCACCAUCUUCUCUGCAACUCCAAUCUCUUCUUCAACCCCACCAUCACUCUCUUACUCUGAUCACUGCUCUUCAACUGUCCCUGAAUCAAACCCAACUAUCCCUGACUACACAAUCUACCCCCAUCUCCAAUCACCCUUCAGCUACUACCACGGCGGCGAUGGACUUCUCACCACCACCACCACCACCACCACCACCUCCACCACCAACUUCUCUCAAUUCUCUUUCAAUCACCACAAAUAUAUCUCAUUCGAACCCACCAAACACAUCUUCAAAACCAAUACAAAUGGAGUUUACAAAAUCGAAGCCUACCUUCACUUGCAAUCCACAAACGAUUAUUACUACUCUCGCCAUGGCCGAUAUUUCAACGAUUCUCGGAGUUCAGUGAAGUUUUUGCUAAAUGGGUUUUUGUCAGAGAAAUCUGGGAAGAUUUGCAUGGUGGGUUCAGCAAAAAAUCUCAAUUUCCAUGCAGUUUUGAAGCUCAACUAUGUCAUGAAUCCCACCAUAGUUGAUAGCUUGAUUUCUGGAAGUUUGGAGAGUUUGAGCUCUUCAACUGAUUUGAAUUACUUCAAACCUGUUUGGAUCUUGGGCUUCUCUGAAACCAGUAAUUACAAGUACUCAGGAGAGUCUGGUAAUGGGUGUGAUAGUGGGAUUGAUUUUCCAAUUGAUCAAUCUCUUUCUUUGCCGCCAAGAAAGUUCUGUUCAUCACAGAGGCGAAUUGAUGCCGUUUUAAAGUACAAGAACGAGUGCAAUUCUUCUACGAAGAAGAAGAAUUGCACUGUUCUUGUUGACGGUAUUGAGUAUUUGCCUCGCGUGAUGUCCAUGGACUCGAUUCAGUGCUCUGAGGAUGAGCGAAAGGUUCGGUUCUUGAUACAAUUCGGGAACGGUAGUUAUAUGGGUUACAAUCAGCCUUUCGAACCCAAUUCAACGCUAGUUGCAGAGGCGUCGUGGGAUGAGGAAAAGGGCCAGUUAUGCAUAGUUGCUUGUAGAGUCUUGAAAGACAAUCACGUUGGCGAUUGCUCGAUCAGGAUGAGCUUGAGGUACCCUGCUUUGUGGUCAAUCAAGAACAGGGAAGCUAUUGUUGGGCAGAUUUGGACUACCAAGACUGUCAAUGAAGAGGGUUAUUUCAACAAAAUCAUGUUUGGAAGCUAUGAAAAUAACAUGGUUGGGGUUUCUGGUUUGAGAUAUAAUUAUACCCAAAUGGAAAGAAAUGAACAACAACAAUCCUGUUAA